AUGUUGGUCAGAUUGUACACUUUCCUAGCUCGUCGUACUGAUGCUCCAUUCAACAAGGUUGUCUUGAAGUCUUUGUUCUUGUCCAAGAUCAACAGACCACCUGUCUCUAUCUCUAGAAUUGCUAGAGCUCUAAAGCAAGAAGGUGCUGCUUCCAAGACUGUCGUUGUCGUUGGUACCGUUACCGACGACGCCAGAUUGUUUGACUUGCCAAAGACCACUGUUGCUGCUUUGAGAUUCACCGCUGGUGCCAGAGCCAGAAUCGUCAAGGCUGGUGGUGAAUGUAUCACUUUGGACCAAUUGGCUGUCAGAGCUCCAAAGGGUCAAAACACUUUGAUCUUGAGAGGUCCAAGAAACGCCAGAGAAGCCGUCAGACACUUCGGUAUGGGUCCACACAAGAACAAGGCCCCAAGAAUCAUGUCUAAGGGUAGAAAGUUCGAAUCUGCCAGAGGUAGAAGAAGAUCUAAGGGUUUCAAGGUCUAA